AUGCCAGCUUUACGCGUGCGCGUCGAGAGCGCGCCGCCUCUCCCGCCUCUCAAGGCCUGGUUACCUCUGAAUGAGGACCAGCAUGAGACCGUAAUGGACUUGCAAGCCGAGCUGUGCAUGCGCCUGAACACAAAAUACUCUGCGAUUGUGUUGACCCUCGAUGGUUAUGAACUCAUUGCUAGUUCUCCUGUCCGUGACGUGAUUCGCGACGGAGAACUUAUUGUGAUUCGCUCUUCGGUGAAGCCAUUGAAACGCUUGGCUGAGCCUGAGCCUGAGCGGCCGAGGAAGAGAGCCAAGCUUCUACCGAAAGCGGCAUCACUCACGUUCGAGGCCAUUCCGGCUGCAUCUUCGAGCUCGAGCUCCUCCUCAUCGUCGUCCGACUCCUCCGACUCUACGUCGGAUGACAGCUCCUUGGACUCAGACUCGAGCUCAGACGCAGAUUCGGACUCGGACUCGGAUUCCACGUCAAGCUCGGACUCAGGACCGUCUACCCUACCUACGACCAAAUCCGCGGCGCAAGUACGCAAACAAGUGACCAAACCGCUACCAUCUGCAGCAAAGGCGCUUAAAUCUCAACAAACUACACCGCACAUCCCACCUGGCCAUGGCAAAGCUUCAACCCAAUCUCGCAACGCCCGCAGACGCAAGAAACGCGAGUUCGAACGCGUAGCUCAGUCUGCGCCCAUAGCCGGCGCUUCCGCGGCGAACUCUACACCUCUCGGCGUACACAGUCACAAUACGGAGUCUGCACCGCCAUUUGCGUCUGAGCUUCCGACCGCAACGAAUGGUAUGGACGUAGACGGGACUGUAUACCCCGACGCGAACAGCGACCAGCCCGACAUGCUCUCGUUCUCGAACAAGAACAAGCGUCGAGGCUUCAAACGCGCCAUGGCCGACAUCCCACCCCAACGCAUCACCUUCCAUGAUGAGACCGCUCUCGCUCAAGUUGCCGGUCCAUCCUCAACACCUCUGCGACCUUCCGCCUCACGUCCUACCUCGCCCACCAAACCUCCACGCCUAAUCCCACCCUCCGAGAAAGCAGCCCUUGGCAUGUUGCCGCCCGGCAUGAUUGUGACGAGCGUAGACGUUGAAGCCGGGAUGUGGCCAACGAAGAAUUUUGACAAGAAGCGGAAGAAGAAGCAAAGAGACGCGUGGGGCACCGAAGAGCAUGCGCAACAUAGUCAGGAGUACAUCCCCGCCGGACGACAGUCGGCAUCUCAGGAGGACGAUUGGAGCGGUGCGCUGCCAUAUGGAGAUGGUGAACACGGUGGAGGCGUUGCCGAGUUUAUGAAGAUACUUGGUGGAGCGCUGGGCCAUGGAGAGAAGGAGGUCAAAGAGGAGAUGCUCGAUUGGGCUGAUCUUGAGACGCGGUUCGAUGCCGCUCAUCCUGUUUCUCAAGAGAGUUUGAAGGCUGGUAGCCUGGUGGCGUGGAAGGAAUUCGGUGUUCAUCCUGUACGGCUUACACCGGAGAUGGUCGUACAUGCUGCGAUGGUGGAGAGCGUCGAUACCGCCACGGGGAAGGUCGCGAUACGCUCGGCGCGUCGCGAGGCUACGUUCGGAGCACUUGAGGAGGAAGGAGAGCCCGAGAUCGCCGAGUAUGAGCUGAGUGCGCUCGGGCAGUUGGGGUGGAAGAGUAUGUAA